AUGGAGGAAGAGUUGAAAUGUACCCAAUGUGUUCGAUUUUUCGAUGAUCCAAUUAUUUUGAAUUGUGGUCACAGUUUUUGUCGAUUGUGUGCCUUGAAAGUGAGUUUUGUUAUAUUUCGAAUAUUUUUUUCUGAAAAAAAAUAGGAAUUAAAUUCAAAAUAUGAAUUUUCAGGCGCAUCAACCUUCAACAUCUUCACCCACACCAACACCAAUUCUCACCCAAAUUCUAUCGCCACAGAGUACAAGCAGUGGUAAGUGCACAUAUGGUCUAAUCCAAUUAUUAUAUAACUAGCGUUUUUUUUUUGUGCUAACCGACUUGACUUUGAUCAAUUGGUAGAAAAUUUUUUUUUUGAAUAAACCAGAAAAAAAACUAUAUGAUAAUGGUCAUUUCGCUAUAAAAAUCGCCAAUUCAAAACAAAAAUUAUAAUAAUAAACCUAUAAAAUCGCCAGUUUCCCACAAGAGCCGUUUAAUAGCCCCGAAAAAAUCCUGUGUUAAAAAACAACGCGGCGAAAAAACAUUUUGUGAAUGGGAAUAACAUUAUGAAUAUACAAUCACCAAAUAAAACUAUAAUAAUAAUUAUAGGUUCAUCCGAUACCGCCUCAAUUUGCGAUCAUGAAAGUGAUAAAUUAUCAGUUGUUUCUGAAACGGAUUCUGGGGUUGUUGGAUGUGGAAGAACAAGUCGACCCUCUUCAAUAGUUGGACCACCUCCUUCAAGACUUCAUAAUAUACUUUCUCCCUCUACAAGUGGUGUUCAAUUAGUUUGUGGAAGUUGUCAAAAAAGUUCAUAUUUUUGUGAUGAAAAUGCAAUCGCAAAUGCUCCAACAAAUCUUGCUAUGCAAAAUGUUAUUAAUCGAUAUCUAGCUUCUCACCCGAAUUUGAUUCCAAGUAAAUCAAAUGAACCACAAGAAGAUUCAUCAAACGACACUCCGCAAUGUCAAUUGUGUGAAGGUGUUGGUGGUAGAUCAGCAAAUGUUUAUUGUGAACAAUGUGAUAUUUAUUACUGUACACCGUGUCAAACAGCUUUACAUCCAGCACGUGGUCCAUUAGCAAAACAUAAUCUACAAACUGCAACAAGAAAGUGAGUCGGAUUAAAUAUUCAUUAUUUUGUACUUUUCAAAAAUAAUUAUUCAUUUUUAAGACGAUCAACGAUUUCGGAAAACCUGAAUUCAACAAAUAACGGAGGAUUACGGUGUAUCGCUCAUCCAAAUGAAGGACUUACUUUAUAUUGUUUAGCAUGCAAAGUCGCAGUAUGUUCAAGAUGCCUACAGGUUAGUAACAAAUUUCAUAUUCCUUUUUGAUGGCACCAAUAUGUCUGAAACGUAUUUUAGGCGCCAAAGUGUCUUUCUUUUUUCUUUUUGAACCAAAUUUCCAUAUGAAAAGCUCAAGCGUGUGAAACUUGUCAAUUUAUUUUUUUUUCGAUAAACAAAUGUUAUUCUUUUCAAAGAAGGGAUCGGGAAAAAGGCAACCUUCAAAAUUCAUUGAAUUUCAGGACAUUCGUCACUCAAAUCACGACGUUCAACCGCUUUCAAUCGCAUGCAAAUCUCACAAGGUGAGUCUCCCAUUUUUAUUUAUUUAUUUAUUCGAGUUUGUUUUGACUUUUCAACGCCAAAAACCGUUUCGCGUUAAUUUACCGCCCAUCAUUUGUCAUCAAACCAAUUAAAAAUAGGUGGCGGUAUGCCUCGUUUUGACCUUUAAAAUUUAAUAUAAUUCGAACUGUGUCAGUUAGAAAAUUUGAUGGAGAAACAAUUGUUUUUUAUAUAAGAUAUAGCAAAAUUGAAAAGUCGACGUUUUUGAAUUGAUUUUACAAAAACGAAAGAAAUUUGCAACAAUAUUCACAAUGUUCAAGAUAAUUUUAAUGCAAAAUUUCUCCGGAUAAAUGCAAACAUUUUUCACAAAAAUAUGGCUGAUGUUAUUAUUUUCUCGACAAAUCUGCAUCAAAUUAAAAAUUGCCGUUUCAGGUUGUAACGAUUUCAUCCAGAGCGAAAUUCGUUACAAUUUUGUUUAUUUUUGUUUUAUUAUUUCCCAAAAUAUAAAAUGUAAUAAUUUUGUCCGAGGCGAAAAUCGUUACAUUUUUAUUUUUUUUUGUUUUUUCUUGUUUUUUGUCUGGUUUUUUCACAAAAAUUGAAAAAACCGCAAUCGUGAAUUAAUCGCAACAGUUGUACAAAAAGAAAAGAACAUAGCAUAUUUUUAUUGGAAAGAGAAUUAUUCAAUCAAUGUUAUCGAAAUCCAUCAUUUUCGAUUUGGGAACUUGUUAAAUAUUUGUUGAUUGCAGCAUUGAACACGAUUCCACAUGUUAUCACAUCAUCUUAUCCCAAAUUUCUGAAGUAAACAAGAUGAAUUCACCUUCAAGAUGUGGUUUGAUAAAACUCACCAAAAACUGAUCCAUUUGGCACAUUUUCUGAAACGAGAAAUGACAAAAUUCCAACGAAACACGUAAAAAUAAAUAAUAAAAACAAACAAAAAUUAUUUUAACGUGAAAUGUGGAAUUUCUCAUUUCAAAUUUUUUUAUUCCAACCGAAAAAGGCAAUGGUGUUCUGUAAAGAUUUCACUUCGGUAAUCUUUCGGAGUACGGUUACAAAAAUGCACAUCGGUGAGUUCCAUUUUAUGAAACAAAGAUUAACACAGUAUAAUUUCAGUUUUCUCAGUUGUUCGAGGAAAUUCAUCAACUUCCGUUUAGAAAAAAUAGCCAAAGAUCGAUCGGCAAUGAAAUUUGAUUUACAAUCCGUCUCCAAAACGACUUUUAUGAAGAUUCUCAAAUCGAUCUCUACUCUGCCGUUAAUAAACUCAACUAUAACAAGGAAAUAUGGAUUGUAACGAUUUCGACUCGAGCUAAAUUCAUUACAUUUUUAAUUUUUUUCAAUAAAAAUUUUCACGUUUUUUGUUAAAAAAAAUACAAUGUAACAAUUUUCGCCUCGGCUCAAUUCGCUACAAAGGACAGAAUCAGUAGAAAUGUAGAAUAAACUGCAAAUUUUAUUCUAAUUCAUAAAUUUCAUUACAUAUUUUUGGAAAAACAUAGUUUUGUACUGUUUUCUCAUAUAUGUUUUCCUAAUUUCAUAAAACCAUUACAAAACAUAGGGAAAAGUAAUGAAUAUUCCUAAAAAUUGGAAUUUCGCUUCAAAAACGUCGACUUUUCAAUUUCAUUAUAUCUUAUAUGCUCUGUUGACCUGAACAUAGAACAAUAAAACUAUCACAUAUCAAUUUAGUGGUGAAAGUAUUGGAUGGUGGUGGUGGUAUUGGUGACCCGACAAAUGAGCAAUAAACAUAAAAGAACCCGCCAAGACGACACAUUUACGAUGUGUAACUAGCAUAACAUGUGUUGUAUUUGAGAAGAAGGUGUUAAUCGAAUAAACUUAUCUUGUCGGAUGUAUCGGGGAAACAUUCUAGAUUCGGAAAACAAACAAGUUUAUAUCAAGAAAUUGUUUUUAAAAUUUUGAUGCUACAAACUUGUUUUUGGUUUUCAGAAAUCGUCGGUUAUUUUCAGAUAAAGCCUGUUUCAGUUUUUUAUACCAAUUUUUUACUAUCAUUCUUCAGUUCAUUCCAGUUAGAUUCAUAUAACUUCCAAAGUUUUCGAAAACAUUUUAUUCCGAAGACCUGAAUUCUCCUGCUCAUUGAAAAUCACAAUAUUCCCUAUAUCCCCUUGGGUCUCAUCAUUCUUGACAAGCAAAAUGACAGAAAGUUUAUUUGGUUUGACAUUUGACGCUUUUUGGCGCCAAAGCCAGCGCCAAAUACCUAAUUAUUCUUUUUCUUCUCCUCCCCCAGCUCUUCUCUCGUCUCCAAAAAGUGUGAAAUUGAAAAAGAUUUAUGGGAAACACAACACAUUUGUGACUUUGAUCGAUUAGUCUCAAAUUUACAACUAACUACCCCAGAUUUUCGGUUGAAAUAUGAGAAUGAAAAGUGUGUGUGUGCUUUUCAAAAUUGAUUGAUCACUUUUUCUGUGCAAUUAUUAUAUAAUAAUAAGUCUAAUCGGGGUCACUCAGUCAUAACAGAUUGAGAGACAAAACAAAUUUGACUCCUAAUCAUGUCAAUUUUUGUUAGGUUAUCAGAACGUACCAACCAAAAAAAACUUUGUUGCAUAACCUCGUGAGAAUUACUACUAUACACAUACACAUAUGCAUAUUUUUUUAUUUAUUUGUUUUUUCUUCGCUUCAGGGGAAAAAAGCACGACAUGUCAAUUUGCUAUUAAAGUGCUUUCCAUCAAUCUUAAGAAGACGGCAACAAAAACAACAACUUUUUUGGACCACCCAUGAAUAAAUGUAUACUAGUAUGUAGUAACAAAAAAUAUAAAAUUUUUAUCGACUCAAUUAAAAAACAUACGGGUCAAUUUCCCAUAACAAGUUCAAAUCUCGAUUCAUCUCUUCAUCUCAAGUACUAUAAAAUUAGAGGCCAAAUUUAAUUUGUUAGUUAGCCUAUCAUAUUACUCAAUAUACCCAUAUCAAUAUCCUAUUAUUAUUUUCUUUUCUUCUUAUUCACUAGGAUAUGUAGACACAUUUAUAGACUAUCAAAUAACAAGUUGAGAUAUGUAAAGAAUAGUUGUGUAUUACAAAUAUAACUAACUGCAAUUCUCAUAUUUCAUCCACGAACAUCUACACUCACAAUUUCGCACAAAAUGAUAGAUAAAUCAUACGAGGGAAAAACAGCCCAAUACACAAAAAAUGUAUUAAAAGAGCAGCUGUGAUGUGUUGUUGCGUAAUGAGGUAUAAUAAUAAUAAUAAUAAUAUAGCGAAAAGGAUUAGUAAGGCGUUGAAAAAUACGGAAGGAUAAACAAAAUGGUACCGGGCCGCGCUAAAUUAGAGGGUUUUUUGUUUAGAGGUUACAUAACAAAAAAACAACUGUAGGUUAAUUAUAAGUAUUACUCAUGUUUGAGAUGAUGGAUAUUUUUUUUCAAGAAACCAGGGUUCGGAUAUUCUUAUUGAACUUUGAGGGGUUGAUCAGCUAAUUGUUUCUCAUAGAAAAAAUAAGUUCAAAAGUGUUUCGAUAAUCAUAUUUCCCGUGAAGUUUACUGUACAGUAGUAAAAUGAUAAUCUCGAAAUUUCAAAUAUUUCGCAUCAAAUAAUUUUGCAGUACAUUGAGCGUUCUGAAACAAUCUACAGUAACCCGAAAAUUAUAAUUAAAGACCUUUCACAAAUAAUAUUUAUUUCCCAAUUGCGUAAUAUUAACUGCUUCUGUCAUAUGCGUAAUGUUACAAAUUAUUAUUGUAAGGAAGAUACCAAAAAAAAACAAAUAUAUGGACGCAAACUAAUCUCAUCUCAUAAAUUGUAGUGUAGUAGUACAAUCGAGAAGACAACAAAAAAAGAAGAUGCUUUUUUUGAUUGAUGAAUCUGGAUAACUGCAACACUUUCUAAUUGUUGUUUUUUGUUGUGGAGACUUUUUUCUUUUUUCGAAGUUGACAUAUAUCUUAUUCUUGUUCAAAAAUAUAUAAUUUAGAAUUAGCUCAUCCAUCUUUGUUGGCGCCCUUUUUCCCUCAAUUAGUCUAGCAUGUUCCACAUUCUAAUUUAAUUUAUUGCUAUCCUCUCCAAAUUUCGAAACUCUUUUCUCUUUUCUUUUUCGCUCGAGAAGUGUGAAAAAAGGAAAAUCCGAGCCUACUUCCUGUUGCUUCAUCAAACACAACAACGAAAUUUCGAUAGUGCCUCGACACUUCGAAAAUUAGCCUAAUUUUUUUCAAGUCUUCCUCAUUUUCAUGGAAAAGUAUCAGAAGAGUGUGAAAAAAAGAGGCCCGGGGCAGAUGUUUAGAUAGAUUUGCACAUGAAAAUUAAUGAAUUCGAUAAUGUACUUUUGGGGGAAGAAAACAUACGAGGAAAGACGUUGAGGAAAGGAGGUGAAGAAGAGUAAUGAGUUUUGUGUAUUUGGUGAUGGGUGUUAAAUGGAUAUAUAAGGGGGAAAAUAAAAGAAAAACAAAAGAAAAUGAGCAAUAUAUUGAUGAAAGAAAUAAUGACAUGUUUUUGAAUUUGGGGAUUUAAAAAAUUUAUUUUUCAGUCCGAACUUUCCACAACACUUCAACAACUCAGCGAAAAAGCAAAAUGUGCGAAUGUAGAAAUUGGAAGAUUGAAAGGAAUGCAUGAAAUUAUCAAAAAUAAUUGCAAUGAUUUCAAAUCUUCAGUUUGUAUUCAAAUUGAUCAACUCAUUGAACAACUUCAAAUGAGAAAAGAAAAACUAAUGGGACAUAUUGAAGAACAGGCUGAUCAUAAGGUUUGUUUCAUUUUUACAAAAACACCAAAACAAAUUUUUUUUUUUUUUUUUUUAUAGAAAAUAGUUUUGAAAUCUCAAAUUAGUCGAUGCACAUCAAAACUUGCAAAAACAACAGCUCUCAUUCAAUUUUGUAUCGAAGCUUUGAAAGAACCAGAUCCUUCAAUUUAUAUGCAAAUAUCAAAUACAUUAUUGAAUAGAAGCACAAGUUUGGAAUUCCUUUGGCAUAAAGAAAUGAAAACAAAAGCUGAAAUUGAUACUGAAUUUAUAUUGAAUUUGGAUACAAAACAUCUACAGUAUACAAUUCAGACAUUGGAUUUUGCGCAACUUAAAGGUGAGUUGAUUUUUUUCUAAUUAUAAGAUUAGGCGAUGUUGCAGAUGAGUUUCUCCUCGGGGCUAAUUGAGGAGAAAGAGGAGAAACGUGUUGCACGUGGAGGCGAAACAAUGUAUUUUUCGAAUUUCGUCCCAUUUCUCCUCAUUUCUCCUCGGAGGAGAAACUCAUCUGCAACAUCGCCUUAACGUUUUUGAAACUUUAAAUCUUAACAAUAAUGUUUAGCUAGAAAUCGAAGAACAAAAGGAGAUGCUAGUAGAGGUAACAAUUAAUUAAGUUAUUGAGUAGUCGUGAUUGUGAAGCACAAAAGCACCCCCAAAAAUCUAUCACCUAUCCUACAUAUUUCUGAUUUCAUAUAUCUACUUUUCAAAUCAAAUUCAUGUUUUUUCAGUUCCAUCUGCUCCAAUCAUCGAAACAUCAGAAUGUUCAGCUGAAAAUAAUUCAGUGACAAUUGUUUGGCGACAAAGAAAUGAUGGAUCAGCUGUUGAUGGAUUUGCAUUAGAAAUUGAUACUGGAAGAGAUGAUGGAAAUUUCAAAGAAGUAUAUUCUGGGCCAGAUACAAUUUGCACAAUCGAUGGAUUACAUUUUAAUACAGUUUAUCAAGCAAGAGUUAAAACAUAUAAUUCGGCUGGUGAAAGUGAAUAUUCUGAACCAAUUUGUUUACAAACAGCACAUGGUUAGUUUAAUUGAUUAAUUAUUAAGAAAAUUUCGAGAACUUCAAUGAAUAAUUUCAGUUGCUUGGUUUCAACUGACAAAAUCGCCAUCUCAAAGAGAUAUGAUACUUUCAAAUGAAUGUGCAACUUUAUCUGGGUCAUCUGUUGAAUAUCGAACAGUUCUUGGUUCAAUUGCAUUUUCAAAAGGAGUUCAUUAUUGGGAAAUCACAAUUGAUCGAUAUGAAGGAAAUUGUGAUGUUGUAAUUGGAGUUGCUCAACCAGCAGUCAAUCGAAAUAUGAUGUUAGGAAAAGAUUUGCAUGGUUGGUCGAUGUAUGUUGAUAGUGAACGAUCUUGGUAUCUACAUAAUGAAACACAUCAUAAUCGAAUAAAUGGAGGAAUUACACGUGGCGCAGUUAUUGGUGUGAAAUUAGAUUGUGAUCGUGGAACACUUGAAUAUACAGUUAAUGAUACAAAACGGAUUUAUAAAGGAGAUGCAGUUGCAUUCACGUAAGAUUUUUUUACUUAUUUCUCAAAAUUUACAUAUUUUCAAAAAAAAUGUUUCAGAAAUAUGCCACGUGGUCUUUAUUAUCCAGCAUUUUCUGUGAAUGGAAAUGCUUCAAUAACUGUUCACACAGGAUUAUCUUGUCCUUCACCUGUUCCUCUCAAUUGA